AUGGCUGACAGAUUUCCCUCGCUGGAUGACUUUGACUCUGGUGCCCAGACUGAUGUCAAGGACACCUCUGAUGUUCCCUCUGCGUCCAACUUUCUGGAGCGAGAGAAGGCGAUUCUAGGCGACGAUGCCACCCAGUUUGCGACAGUCGAGGAUGCCGAGUUCGACGAGGGUGACGACGAUUUGCUAGGUGGGGGCGGCGGCGUUAGCUCCCCCGGCAACAACGCUGCGUUCGAGAGCCAGUUCCCCGACCUUAGCAGCCCUAACGAGGGCGUCGCACCGGGCGGUACCAUCACAGGCGGCCCCUCCGUCAGCUACAACUCGGGUUACCAGCCGCACGCCGAGGAUGAGGAGGAGCCCGAGGUCAUCAAGGAGUGGCGCGAGAAGCGGGACGCGCAGAUUGCGAAGCGUGCCGAGCAGUUCGCCCAGCAGCGCGAGGAGACGGUCCGGGAAGCCCAGCAGAACAUCGACGACUUCUACGAGAACUACAACAACAAGAAGGAGAAGACGAUUGCGCAAACCCGCAAGGACGCCGAGCAAUUUCUAGCCAACCGUGAGGACACCACCUCGGGUGGCACGAGCUGGGAGCGCAUCGCGAAGCUGGUUGACGUGAGCGGGAAGGGCGCCAAGGGUGGUGCGGCUGGGUCGGGCAAGGAGCGGUUCCGCGAGCUCCUUGUGAGCCUUCGGAAGGACGAGAAGGCGCCAGGUGCUGGUGGUUAUUAG